CGGCGGGUGUGCGAGUGAAGGCAGUCAGGCAGUGGCAGAAGAAGGGAGAGGCGAGAGUGAUGUGGCCUCCUCUGCAUUUCCCUUGAGAUUGUGGCUCUCUGGCGGCUCCCCUGACCAAGAUGCCGGCCAAACGGUACCGUCGGGACCAGAGUGAGGUGUCCUGCUGCCUCAAAUAUGUCAUCUUCGGCUUUAACGUCAUCUUUUGGCUGAUGGGGCUGAGUAUCUUGGCCAUCGGAGUCUGGGCCUGGACAGAGAAGGACACAUUUAACAACCUGAGCCGACUCACCAACAUCGCCCUCGACCCGGCCUUUGUCCUCAUUGUGACAGGCCUCAUCACCUUCACCAUUGGAUUCACUGGCUGUGUGGGUGCCCUGAGGGAGAACACUUGCCUGCUUGGUUGUUACGCCAUCUUCCUCGCCAUCUUGCUGCUCUUAGAGAUGACCGCAGGCAUCCUUGGCUUCAUCUUUAAAGACUGGAUCAAGUCCCAGGCCACAAGUGGGUUCCAGGCCUUCAUUGUGCAUUACCGAGAUGACCCAGACCAGCAGAACCUCAUUGACUGGAUACAGGAGAAAUGGCUGCAGUGUUGUGGCAUUGAGGGUCCCAAGGACUGGGAUCGCAAUGUGUACUUCAACUGCUCCUCAGAGGUGGUGGGAUCCAGAGAGGCAUGUGGGGUGCCCUUCUCCUGCUGCAAACAGAAGGCAAAUGAAAUCAUAAAGAACAAACAGUGCGGUUAUGAUGUCAGAAAACAGGAUUAUCAUGGCGACAGCUCCCUGGUCAUAUACGAUCGGGGGUGUCUUCGGGCAGGGGAGGACUGGAUAGAGAGGAACCUGGUGCCUGUUGCAGGAGUGGCAGUUGGGGUGGCUGUGCUGCAGCGGCUGGAUGCAUCACAUAUAUACGAUAAGGGCUGCUUGCAAGCUGGCGAGGAGUGGCUAGAGCGAAACCUGCUCUUUGUGGCAGGGGUGGCGGUGGGCGUGGCCUUCCUCCAGAUCCUGGGUAUCUGCUUCGCCCAGAACUUGCGCGCUGACAUCUACGCUCAGAAGGCUAAGUGGAACUGACGUUUAGCUCCUGCUGCGGUGUAGUGAUCAGCCACCCCACACUCCAGGGGCCACCUGCACCGCAUUGUGCACCCUCCACUGCGGCUCACCAGUCAGAAUUAAGAGUUUUCUAAGGAGAGGGAAGAGAGGCAAUGCUGUUAGAUAACUUUGUUGAUUUAUUUUAUCUUUUUUAAUUUCACAUGCAGCUGAAUCUCAACCAGGUUAUUACUGUUGGAUUAGUGGAUUGUUUUUUUAAUGAGCAGUAAAACCUUAUUGUGAUGGACACAGGACCAUGGCAGGCCAGACCAGUGAGAGGAGUAGCAGUGCUUCCGUUGUCACACGGAAAAAAGUGUCUCAGAGAAAUUUCAGGUUUUAAGGUCACACGGAUUUCACAUGGCAUUCUAAUUCCAAUGAAUUUACAUGUACCAUUUACUGUAGUUGUCUGGUUUGAAGAAUGGUCAGUCAGUCCCUUGAAAUGGGGUUUUAUUGUUUCACAUAUAUGAUUUAGCCAUGGUUGUUAUUGUUCAAGUUUCUUGUCAGCUCACUGCUCAUCAGAGCUUGAAGCCUUUGAUGCAGUCAGCACUUUUCAAUUUUUAUCAUCUCUGAUCAUCUGUCUUUGUUCAACAUGCUCAUUGUUGAAUUCAAAUGCUCACUGCCAUGUCAGUUUCUUCUGAUUUGGCUCGACAUGAUGAUCAGUUGUGUACAAAUGGUUUCUCUUGACUAGAUAGCUACGAUUAAAUAAUUAGUUACUGAUUAGUAUUUAUAUUGUUGUAGCUCUCUGUUUAUCAUGAACAUUAAGUUUGUUGAUUCACUAGUGUUAUGUCUUACUCUAGGCAGCCAAGGUUAGAAGCAUGUUGCCAACUUGUCCCAUCUCAGCAGCUUAGCCUGUGCCUCACUCUUCUUAACAAGGAAUCCAUAUACUCUUUAAUGGCAUUAUUAAACUCUGAACUGGUGAGACCUUUGGAGGAGGUGACCCCAUGGGGUGUGUUGGGUCACUGCCUGGCUCUCCCCUUCCCAGGAACAACUGAGUGCUGUGAGGGAAGGAGAGGGAGGCAGGGCUCAAAGAUACAAUAGAGCUACUAGUCAACGGUCAUCAAAGCCACACGGGUGAGGAGGAGGAAGAGGAAGAGUGUGAGCCUUGACAGAACACGUGGUACUAUUGCUCUGUGUCGCUGAUCUCGUUACCUACCAUACAGGAACCAGUUACCGCAGCAGGAACUGAUAUUACCUUUACCUUUGUGGUAUUGUAUUGACAUGCCAGUAUUCAUUGUCAACCUUUUACAUAAGAAUUCACCGGCAUACUGUGCACACCAAUGUCCGUUGCAUCUGAUGUGACAUCACGGCAAGGUCUGGAGUGCAAUCUCUUGAUUAGAAGGAUUAACCGAAUGUACACUUCUUUUUCACUCAUUAUGCAGCUACAUUGAGUCCGUGUGGGAUUCACAAAGUCUUUUAAUGGAUGAAUGUUGUGUUUUGAGUGUGUGUGGGUACAGGAGAGUAUGCGUGUGAGUGUGUGUUAGGUAGCUAUCAUUUCAUAUAUACAAGUAUGGAGGGAAGUUAAGAUGGGAGUGUUUGUAUGUGAGUGUGAGUCAUCUGAGAUCAUGUUGUCCUGUGUGGUCUCAGUGUUGAUGCAUAAAGGAAAGUGUGACUCAUUGAGAGAACACACUGCUGUGACAAAUAUUUUCUUGACAUGACAAAGUUUCUCUAAAUAAGUUUUAUACAAGACUCAGAACGUGGUAAUGCAUGACAAAUGUAGAUUUUUUUCUCUCUCCCUUUUCUUUUCAUUUUUCAUUUUUUAUACGUCACAUUUUGUAGGAAGUUCCGUGAGGUUUGUAUGCGUCUUAUGUGUUUUGUACAUGUCAGGAACUUGUGUAUCUUACAAAAGUGCAGGUAUUUCCAGUGUCCAGUUAACCAGUCUUUCACUCUUUUAUUGGUAGAAAGGAGCCCAGUAAGUGUUUAUUGUGAGGCCAAAAAUAAAAAACAUGAGCUCAGGUGAGGGUUCUUGAGUUGCCAUAUCUGCUCCUACUAGAAUCUGAUCACUGCAUUCUUGUCACAGAUUAAUUUUUGAUUCUGCUGAGACUUGUUUUAAGAAAAUGUCCAAGAAUGGACUGGCAGGCCUUCAUUGUGUUGUGUAAAGUACAUUCCACACAUUCAGUGGUUGUGUUAGCUUGUUGCUGCUGCUGCUGCAUAUGAUAGUUUCCCGCAAAGGAGCCAAUGUCUUGCCAGCGUGGAGACAUGGAAGGGAGGAGAGCCUGCACUUCUUCAUGCUGGUAAAUAGUCUAUAGUUCUGCUGCUAGUCCCCAGCCAUGGUUCAAUUUGGCUUGCAUGUUAUGGAAUCACUGUACAUCUGGUUUAAGUUUAAUGACUGGUAAUGUUCAGAGAAUUGUACAUAAAGUAGAACUUUGGCUUUUGGUGUUGAUUUAUGAAAUAUUAAGGCUUAUCAUUAAUGCAGUACCAAAAAUCUCUUUCAUUUUAGCAUUAAGUCGUAGUAGGUUUGGUUGCCCUUAGUUUCUCAUUGUAGAUAUGAAGUGUUUUGUAUAUGAGUAGGUGUUCUGAGGGCAGGCAUCCUACAAUGAGAGCUUUAUAAUUCAAGGUUUUUAUACCAUGGGGAGACACUGCCUCUCUCUCUCCUACUGUCUUUAAUCUCACUGUAUCUUUGUAUCACGAUAACAUGGUAGGUAACAAACUCGAGUUUUUUUAUAGUUAUAAUAUAUAUCUGUAUAUUGUAGUACUAAAUGAUGUUUUGUAAUAACUUUUGAAGAUGGGGCACACCCAGAGUAGGACAUCCCACACGUUCGCAAGGAGGAGGGGAGACUUGCCAAACACUGUCGAGCUCCUUCAUUGUCCACAAGUGCUUGUUCCUCACUAUUGGCCAGGAACUUCUAAUGACUGACAUUAUCCAUAUUGAUCCUUGGUCAUUCUAUGUACUUUUUUUUUAUCUCAUAGCUGUGUCACAUUUAUCAGUUAAUUGCCAAAAUUAUAGGGUCAGGAAUAUUGAUUUGAAUUACUGUUAAUAGCUAUAUUAGUCUAUAGUAUUUAUUUUUGUUUUCUCAUUGCAAUAUUUAAUUUUAUCUAUCACUUUUCAAACUCAGUGACAAUAAUUUCAAACUGUAGGACAAAUAUUAAUUACAGUGGAACUGUGCAUCAUGAGUUUAAUUUGUUCCAUGGCCAAGCUCAUUUUAUGAUUUGCUCAUUUUGCCAAUCAGUUUUCCCAAUUGAAAUUAAUUGAAAUAUAAUUCAUCCUUUCCAAGGGCCAAAAACCAUCCCAUAAAUUAUUGUGUUGUGAAGAGAAUGGGAAAGAAAUAAUAUAAAGGGUUUUAUUAAUUUAAUUUUUUCAAAGAUGGGAUUUGUAGAUGAGGAAGACAAUGGAAUGGUGGAAAAGGAGAUGGAGAAUUGUUAGUGUUUGGAAGAAGAAUCUUAGAACCCAUGGUAAUACAAAUUGAGUAAUUAUGAAAUUGUAGCAGGAAUGACACAGAAGAAAAACACGUGAAAAAUCCAAUAAGGAUACUCCACAAGAUAUUCAUCUACAUAUACUAAGAGAGCAAGCUUAUCAGGACAGUUUGUGUGAAGCAAAGGGUCACUGUACAGACCUCACUUGUAAUAUGGACUUCCACUGUAAAAUAAGACAAAAAUUUGCUCAUUCUACAAAUUAUUCAUCACCUGCUGCACUCAAAAUGUGAGGUUCCACUGUACAUUGAUUUUUAUUGUUUUUAGGGCUUUUAUUUGUUAUUUUUUGUCGAGUUUGUAGGUACAACUUUUUUCUCUUUCUUUUUUCCCAUGAGAAUUAGAGCUGGUAAUAUACAUAACAGAUACUAUUCCACAAAGUGUGACUGUUUUAGCAUACCUAAACAUGAUUAGUGGUGAUGGUGCUAUAGGGGACAGGUGGGUGGGUGGGUGGUGGUAAUAGUAAAAAUUUAAGCUCACAAAAGUACUUUAGCACAUCAAUAGGUUAUAAGGAUUAGUUACUGACAGUUAAUAUGGAAAAAAAUUGCUGGUGAAACAUUUAAAUGAGAAUUUUUUUCCUUUUUAAUUUGUCACUUCUAAAAUCUUAACUUUUUUCCUUUACAGUUGAAUGUGUUUUGUCUCUACAAAUUAGGGUCAAUUUUCUGCCCAUGCACAAAGUCACAUGUUGACAAAAUGUACUGCAAAGCAAAUUAUUGAGGCAUAAAAUUCAGUUCAUCACCAUGUGGAAAGUAGAAAAGUACUUCAGAGUUUGAUGCAUCUCCCCUCCUACACACACGAACAUACACUGCUGUCCACAACUAGUUAUCUCAUUUUACAGUCUGCAGUAACCAUCACCUGAAUGUUACAUGGCCACAAAGUUUACAUAAGCUACUGCAGGUCCAUCACAUGCAUAUCUUCAAGUAUCCCUUUGCUGCCAAUCACAAUACGUGUCUAGUAAUUCAGUAGUGUACAUACAUACGUCAGUCUUUUUAUGCCAUUGUUACCACCUUUGGCUGUGUAACAGUCUGCAUAAUGUACAGCCCCAGUACAUCACAGACAGUGGUAAUGUUGAUAGCAAUACCCUGUUAAUAUAUACUCCUUGUUGGUACAUUCACCAUGAUGAGACAAAAGCUCAUGAAAAGGGGCUGGAUGGCACAGAGGGAGCUGUGACUUAUGAUCUGAGUGACGGUCAUGCAUUCAAAGUCAAGUACAGACAUGAUCCGAAGGUAGUUAACCUCUGCAUUCAUUUCCAUAGUGCAUUAUGUUUUUAAAUGAGUUUUUAGCCUUCUGAUCUAUUGAAUCUUGACAAACCAAUUAAGUCAGAGAUUGCCUGCAGUUUAGAGGGCUCAAGAUUAAGGGAAAACACUAAGCACAGUGGGAUUGAGUGUAUCAGGUUAACUUAGCUGGCCAUGGCUUUACUGUUUAUUGUGAGAAUCAACAUUCUUUUGCAUGACCCUUACUGUUUUGGUGGGAAGAGCUGACAGAACGGUACCAGAUACCAGCACCGUUACCCUCCACAGCAAACUCAGUUACAAGUGUGUGGUUGUGUAGCAGGUGGAUGGCUACUAAAGUUUCAUAUCUAGCCGAUAAUUAGUGUCUUUCCCAAUGUUACAAUACCCUUGCCACGAGAUGGUUUUUACAUGGCUUUCCGAGAGCAGCUUUAAGGUGGUACAUGAUAGUUGAAAUGAAUAAUUCUCCUGGUUCCACUGAUCUACACCUUAACUCUUGAAUCAUUCACACUUUUUACCUAACUACUCUGAUGUAGUACAGACUCGUUCACUGUAUUGAAGUGUUCCAUCACGCAUGUCAUCUUAUCUGUUGUGUGAGAUGAAGCUUGAGUUUGACAAGAACAGCAUGUAAAAGUCAAAUUAUCAACGAAUGGCUUUACAUGAAGUGAGAAAUAUUGUCUGGUUAGAAAUUAUAAUAGUUUCCCCACUCGUCUGAAUUCGUCUUUGUGAGUGGGGCAGUGAUACUCGCACAAUAUUGAGUGAGUGAGUUGGCCAUUUUUUCUUUCCUGUCAUUGUUCGCUUGCUGUACCGAGGUGUAAGUAAUAUGGCUUUCCCCAAACACUGUAACAAAUAAAACAAUUAUACAUCUUUUUAA